CUCUUGGCUUCAGAGAGCGAGACGAGCGAGGUCACAGUCCUCACAUCCCGUCCUUGAAAGGAUUUUAAACCACCUCUUGCCUCAGCACCGUCCACCCUUGGGUGCAACUGCUGCAAGCAUGAUUAAGAAGAUGUCCCCAUCCGAGAAUGAGUUCGACAUCCCCGCCAAGAAUUGCCACAGGAUGGUGAUUCUGGGCUCCACCAAAGUUGGAAAGACGGCGAUCAUCUCUCGGUUCCUGAACGAGAGGUUUGAUGAUCAGUACACGCCAACUAUUGAGGACUUUCACAGGAAAUUCUACAGCAUCAGGGGAGACGUUUACCAACUGGACAUACUGGACACAUCUGGAAACCAUCCCUUCCCUGCAAUGAGGAGGCUUUCAAUUCUUACUGGUAAGUUGAGCUUUGAGAAAGAUUUCACUGUAAAAGCAUGCUGCUGUUUGCAGAAUUCAUUGGCUGUAUUCAGAUGUCAUUAUUUGGUAUUAAAUCUGUUCCCUCUUCUGCUUUCCAGGUGAUGUUUUCAUCUUGGUAUUCAGCCUGGAUAACAGAGACUCCUUCCAGGAGGUGCAGCGCCUGAAGCGCCAGAUCUACGAGACCAAGUCCUGCCUGAGAAACAAAACCAAGGAGAACGUGGAUGUCCCGCUUGUCAUCUGCGGCAACAAGUGUGACAGAGACUUUUACCGAGAAGUGCGGGAGGAGGAGAUCGAGCAGCUGGUCAGUGGAGAAGAGCACUGCGCGUACUUUGAGAUCUCAGCGAAGAAGAACACCAACGUAGACCAAAUGUUUCAGACUCUCUUUACACUGGCCAAACUGCCGAACGAGAUGAGCCCCGAUCGCCACUGCAAAGUCACCCUGCAGUACUGCGAGGUCCUGCACAGAAAGUCCUUCAGAAGCAAGAAGUGCAAGGACGGGAACGCGUAUGGUGUUGUGGCGCCGUUUGCGCGGAGACCCAGCGUGCACAGUGACUUGAUGUACAUAAAGGAGAAAGCUGUCGGAGGAGGUCAGGCCAAAGAGAGGGGCUGCAUCAUCUGCUGACGCUCUUUUUUUUUUUUGCUUAAGAGACUUUCUGAGAGACUUUCCAGAGCCGAAGUGGGCACCAGUCUUUCUGCAUUCAGGGCGCAGCAGCCCAGACACUGUAGGCUUCAGCCUCUGAGUCCACACUGGCAUAAUGUGAUCCAAAUCCUGCUGAGACACACACACACACACACGGAGAAAGUAGCUGAGCUCCUGUGUGAUGCAGUGCUGAAAAUGCUGUAAAAUCUGCCUCUACAUUAGCUUGCCGGGAAUGGCAAUGGAAAUAAAAGUUUACAUUAGUUAUUUUUUUUACUUGGUGGUACUUGAAUGUGUGUUGCAUUAUGAACAAAUUCUAUUAUGAAUGUUUAUUUAUUAUGUCUACGUCAUUUUUGCAAAAAAAAGAGAAAUAAAACCGAUUGCUACUUUCAUAAAA